AUGUUGUGGCAAACGGUCUACCUGCUCGUUUUGGCGUGCGCCUUGGUCAGCACAACACCGAUCCUCUCCAGCAGCGAUCUUCUCCAGGAAAGUGUUAGAAAGCCCCGGCACAUUGGAGGAUUCGGGGGUGGUGGAGUCGUAGGUGGCGGAAUCGUGGGUGGCGGAAUCAUUGGAGGAGGAGGAGGAGUAGCUGCCCCCAUUAUAGCAGCCCCCGCUAUUUAAACCGUACCCAUUGUAUCCACCGUGCCCAUAAUCACCACUGUUCCCGUUGUUUCCAGCAUUCAAACUGUUCCUAGUUAUGGUUAUGGCUAUAAUGGUUAUGGAGGAGUAUAUCCCGCAGCUGGAGGAUUAGGUGGACUUGGUGGACUUGGUGGCAUUGGAGGCGUUGGAGGAGGUGGCUUCGUCGGCGGCGCUGUGGGUUUUGCCAAAUUCAAAGGCGGUUUCUUCGGCUAGAUGUUUCCGAAUAAGUCUGAGUGGGUCUCUAGUGUAAACAAUGAAUAAACAAAAGUGCUGCGAGAUCGAGUUUCGGUUUGCCCAGUGUUUGGAAUCAACAGA